CGUCGGCGCAGGAGGGGGCGGGUUCGGCGAGGGCGCGGCCUCUGAGCGGGGGGGGCUCACCGCACGCAUCCCCCGCGAUAGACCGGGCCACUCGGGAGCCUCGCGGCAGCCCGGCGCCCCACUUGGCCAUCCGCCCCUUGCCCGCCUACUCUUGUCACCUCCCGUCUCACCCUUCUCGCUCCGUCCCCGCCGCAGACACCGCCUCACCAUCCGAGUGAGCGCCUCAGAGAGCCGGAGGUGGUGUGCGGGGCUGCAGGGCGCGACCUCGAGCGGUCCUUAGCUCCGCACUAGCACUAGGGGGCACGGGAGACAGCAUGGACUCCAAGCGCUGCUUCGCCAAUCGCUUCGAUGACUACCAGGGCAGCCUGCUGGCGGGCCAGUGUGAGGAGGCGGUGGCGCCCUUGGUCACAGCCACCAUCGAGCGCAUCCUCCAGGAACUUCCCCCUCUCGGGGGCGGCGCCGAGGCCCGAGGAGCGACGGCCGCUGCUAGCGGCUGCCAGGGGGGGCUUUACGGCGGCGUGGCCGGGGUAGCCUAUAUGCUCUACCACGUCUCGCAGAGCCCGCUCUUCGCCACCGCCCGGGAGCGCUACCUGCGCUCGGCUAAGCGCCUCAUCGACGCGUGCGCCCGCGCUGAGGAGUGGGGCGAGCCGGACGCCGACACCCGCGCUGCCUUCCUGCUCGGGGGCGCGGGAGUGUACGCUGUGGCCACGCUCGUGUACCACGCCCUGGGCCGGUCCGACUACGUGCAGCCGCUGGGCAAGUUCCGGGCUCUGUGCGCCGUCUGCGCGCCGGUCUCCUUCCUGGAGUGCGGCUCCGACGAGCUGUUCGUCGGCCGCGCGGGCUACCUGUGUGCCGCGCUGGUGCUCAAGCAGAAACUCGCCCAGGAGGUGCUGACUCCAGCACAGAUCAAAUCAAUUUGCCAGGCAAUUCUGGAUUCUGGGAAGCAGUAUGCCAUAAAGAAGAGGAAACCAUUCCCCCUGAUGUAUUCUUACUAUGGAACUGAAUACUUGGGGGCAGCUCAUGGCUUGUCGUCUAUUCUUCAGAUGCUUCUUUCUUACCAUGAGCAUCUCAAGCCCUCAGAUCGGGAGCUGGUAUGGCAAAGCGUGGACUUUCUCAUGGAACAGGAACAAAACUGCAACUGGCCACCUGAGCUUGGCGAGACCAUCGAGAGAGAGAACGAGCUGGUGCACUGGUGCCAUGGCGCUCCAGGAAUUGCCUAUCUGUUUGCCAAAGCUUAUCUGGUUUCCAAGAAACCGCAGUACCUGGACACAUGUAUUCGGUGUGGGGAGCUCACGUGGCAGAAAGGCCUGCUAAAGAAAGGGCCUGGGAUUUGCCACGGAGUAGCUGGCAGUGCCUAUGUCUUCCUGCUGCUGUACCGGCUCACAGGAAACUCUAAAUAUAUCUACAGAGCUCAAAGGUUUGCUCAGUUCUUAUUUACUGAGGAAUUUAAGGCUGGUUCUCGGGUCCUUGAAAGUAUAUACAGCUUGUAUGAAGGCUUCUCCGGGACAGUGUGCUUUCUGAUUGACCUGCUACAGCCCAAUCAGGCUGAAUUCCCUCUCUUCAGCGUCUUUGUUUAGAAGGCUCCAUCUUCCACUGUGGCCCUGCAGAGAUCCCCUGAGAUUUUCUGAGCCAAGCUGAAGCAGUUUCCACAUAAGCCACAUUCAAUGGUAUCACAACCAUGAGCCUUAACAUUGCCACCAGAGGGAAGGAAUCAGGCAGGUGAAGGCAACAUGAUGCCAGACUUGAGAGAGGAUCUGCAAAAUAAAGAUACCACAACUCAUCUGAGAACUGUAGAGAUUUAAUGUUUCAGGGAAUAGAUGUGAAACUAGGGAUCAUAGGAAAAGGGGAAAUAAAAAUGAUCUGUUUUUUAGCUAUACAUAGAAAACCAAACAAAGUGUGGACUAUGGCAAGAAAUAUACUAAUACCUUUGCACUAUGAAUGAGAAUUUGACCAUUUGUGUGUGCCCUCUACCCCUAAAUUCAUAAAUAAAGACAAUCAAAAACUAAAAUAAUUGCCCAGCUGAAAACUGCUAGGAGGGAUGAAUUGUGAGGUUGCUGACAUACAUUAAAAAAACUCUUGGUUGUCCUGUGCUUAUACUUAUUGAAAUUUAUGGUUUUUACUGAGUAAAGGUAUUUGCAUAUGAAUCUAUUUUUUUCAUUAUCCUGGGCAAUUUAAAGAAAUCAUAUCAUAACUUAGGUCAGAUACUAAAAUGUAAAGUUUUCUUAGGCCUUAGAACAUCUCUUUUCCUCGUUUCUUUUUUCCCCAAAGCUCAGUUAGAAUAGCAAAAUGUAUAAGCUAGUAAAUGUAUACUAUAGCAAGUGUUGCUGUCAAGUGUUUCUCCAAAGGAAGUGUGAACUGUGUAUUGUCUAUUGUUAGUAAUUUGUAAAAUGCCUUUAUGUACAUAAUCUUUAUGAAGCUAUUAGCUGAACUAUUAAAUAUACUCUUGGUAAAAAUCACUAAUUUCAAAGAUCAGGGUAACCACUACAAAGAUGUGUCAUUUCUGCCAUUGUCUGGGACAGGUAGACACAGGCUGAGAAAGUCAUCAGUGAUUGUGGAAAUAAUUUUGCUCCAUCUUAUACUAUUAAAUGAGGAGAUAAGUGAAUUCUGAGGUUAGUUACCUUACCUUCCAAGACACAGGGUACACUAGAAAUUAGCUACAGUGCUCAUUGAGCCAAGUUGUCAGAUCAAAUUCAACCCUGCUGUAAACACACAGAAGCUGUGAAACUGCUUCAAGUAUUGGUUUGCAGAAUACUAUAGGAGCAUCUGUCACUUCAAUAUGCAGAGCAUGAGUUGACCCUUUUCCUAGAAUUUGGUCAGUGGCAAUUUCAUAUAUCAGAUUGAGUAGGAAAUUAUAUACUGUAUAAGACUUAUUUAAAUAGUCAAAUAUUUGAAGUGUGUGUGUGUGUGUGUGUGUGUGUGUGUGUGUGUAUUCCAUAGCUAUUCCCAUGUAAAUCCAAAUACUUAUCUUUAGUUCAGUAAUUCUUUUUUUUUUAAGUUCUGGGGUACACGUGCAGAUCUUGCAGGAUUUUUACAUAUGUAUACACAUGCUAUGGUGGUUUGCUGUCUCCAUCCCCUCAUCACCUACAUUCGGUAUUUCUCCUAAUGUUAUCCCUCCCCAAUCUCCCCACACCCUACUAUCCCUCCCCUAGCCCACCAGCCCCCAACAGAUCCCAGUGUGUGAUGUUCCCCUCCCUGUGUCCAUGUGUUCUCAUUGUUCAAUACCCACUUACGAGGGAUAACAUGCGGUGUUUGGUUUUCUGUUUUUGUGUCAGUUUGCUGAGAAUGAUAUUUCCAGAUUCAUCCAUGUCCCUGCAAAGGACAUGAACUCAUCCUUUUUAAUGGCUGCAUAGUAUUCCAUGGUGUAUAUCUGCCACAUUUUCUUUAUCCAGUCUAUCUUUGACAGGCAUUUGGGUUGGUUCCAAGUCUUUGCUAUUGUAAGCAGUGCCACAAUGAACAUACGUGUGCAUGUGUCUUUAUAAUAGAUGGAUUUAUAAUCCUUUGGGUAUAUACCCAGUAAUGGGAUUAAUGGGUCAAAAGACAUUUCUAUUUCUAGAUCCUUGAGGAAUCGCCACACUGUCUUCCACAGUGGUUGAACUAAUUUAUACUCACACAGUGUAAAAGCGUUCCUAUUUCUCCACAUCCUCUCCAGCAUCUGUUGUCUCCAGAUUUUUUAAUGAUCACCAUCCUAACUGACUUGAGAUGGUAUCUCAGUGUGGUUUUGAUUUGCAUUUCUCUAAUGACCAGUGAUAAUGAGCAUUGUUUUAUGUUUGUUGGCCGCAUAAAUGUCUUCUUUUGCAAAGUGUCUGUUCAUAUCUUUUGCCCACUUUUUGAUGGGGUUGUUUGUAAUUCUUAACUUGAAUCAUAGACCUUGGAACAAGUUAGAGGAUACUCUGUUGCCUAAAAAGCAAACCUACAAGUAUGUUGGUGUGUAUAUGUGUAUGGAUCAGUUUGUGUGCUCAUUUUGGGACAAGGAUCUCUGCAUACAUAACAUUCUCAAAGAAUAUGACCAAAGAAAGGUAACAACUAUCUUUGUGUAUUUUAUGACUAUGUAUGUUUGCACUCAUUGCAAUAAAGUAGGACAAAAUGAUUUUGAAAUGCAUAUACCUUUUCAGCUUAUUGUUUCAUUUUUAUAUCCUCAGAUAUGACUAUAUCAAAUUGGCCUCAGUUGUUCAUCUGUGAAAAUGCUCAGUUUGGGACAAUACCACAUAAAUAACUUUUAGAUGAUCUAGCUCCCCAAAUAGAGUCCAGAAGUUCUUUCAUAUAGGCUGAAUAUAAUAACCAUCCUACAUACAGAGCUUUAUGGAACACAUGCUGUUUUUAUAGGCCAGGAACCCCUCCAAAUGUGUUUGGUAAAUGCUCCAAAGUCUCGCAGCUAGAAAAGGACAAAACAAGGAUUCAAACCCAGGGUUGCACUUUCUAAGUUUAUUCAGUAUUCUAGACUAGAAUAUGGGGAUACAAUAGUGAACAAAAUCACCUUUCCCUCAAAGCUACCUUCUGUUUCAAUUUGCUAUUCCUUUCACAAUUCAUCCUUGAGAGCUGAAACCUAAAGCACUCAGAACUGAUACUCUAGUUCAUUAUCAUAUCAGUUCCAUUUUUAGUAACUUCAGAAAAAACAGACCACUUUCUGGCUAUCUGGCCUUUUAAGUUCUGAUAGGUCUGAUGAUGAUGUGCUAACCAUUAUGAAAAGACAACCCUUUUUGUGUGUCAAAUCUAAGCAAAGACCAUGUUUGGGUAUUGUCUUUAUGAAAUGACAUCUCAGUAAAUUAGAAACAGGAAUAAGCUUGUUUAGCACUUAAACCUGUUGAUGAAACUUUUCAUUUUCCUGAAAGAAUUAGAGAAUUUGAAAGAUACUGUUCUAUAUUAUUUUCCCAAGAAGGGGAAAAGAUUGUUAAAUUUUGUUGUAGGAAAGUGUGGCAUGUCACUUCUUUUUUUUUUUUAAUUGCAUUUUAGGUUUUGGGGUACAUGUGCAGAACAUGCAAGAUAGUUGCAUAGGUACACACAUGGCAGUGUGUUUUGCAUCACUUCUUAUUUAAUUAUUCAACUUGCCUCCCUUAUCUAUGGCAACAUUUUUAAUGUAGCACUUAAGCCUGUUGUCUCUUAAAGGCUACAGGGGCAUUUUCACCACUGCUAGUAUGACUUUAAUAUUAUUUACUGUACAUGGCAUGAGUAAUUAUAAACCCUAACGGUAAUGUUGGAAAUGUUUGAGGAUACAUCGAAAGGGUCUCUCACAAAUGGGGAGACUGCAUUAUACUUUGAUAGCAGGACAUUUUGGAAACCAUUACAACUCUGUAUUUGGUUUCAUUAAUGUAAUUACAUGCCAUCUCUUCCACAUGCACCCCAAAAUAUCAUACAUCUUUAUUUUGCUCAAGCCUUUUUUAGUCAUGGGCUUGUAGUCUUUUACUUCCACUUGUAACUUGAUAACUGAAUAGAACAGGGGUUUGCUGGAGUAUAUUUCCCUGUGCUUCUUUAGGUAAUUGACUAUGCUAUUAAGAUAACAGUAUUUGCUUACUGAUAACUCAAGAAACAGUCGUUUUCCUGGUCUGUGCUAAAUUGGAUCUCUUCCAGUGGCAGCUAAUUUCUUUAACUUCUUGGACAUAGUAAGAUUUUAAUCAUGGUAAUACUGAAAUUGUUUUAAAUUUGAAAGAGCAAAUUUCCAUAAUUUCAAUGAAACAAAUGUGUUUGUGAUUUCUAGUCAUGUUAAAUGAACACACAAUUAAAAAGAAAAUCAGUAGUGCAAAGAGCCCUGUGCUGGAAAUCUCAAAACCUUGCUCUGCCACUUUUAGGGUCCACUGUAGUAGUAAUAAUAAUCACCCUGUCUACUUCACAGGGUUGUUAUAAAAGUUGUCAAUGAUAAAAUGGAUAUAAGUGAGUUUUUAAAUGUGCAGAUCCUUUUUACACUUAAAAGGGAUGCUAUAAUUUACCCACUAUAUACACAGAAAAAUCAUGCCCAGUUAUGACUUCCAAUAAGCAUUUCAACCAAAUAGAAUCUCUAUAUGUGGAUGUAGUGCUUGAGGUCUGGAUGGAUGGAUAAAAACCAAGUGUACCUUUUUUUUAUUCUACCACCAGUCCUGAGCACAGCAUUUUGCCUCAGAACUUUUGAUUCACCAGGACUUCCUGCAUGGGAACAGAUGGAUUUAGUUCAGCAGCUCCUUUUAAUGCAAGUAUUUAUUUUGCUUGCUGAGAACAAAGGAUUAUAGUGCCAAUAACUCAAGAAAAGGAGCAGGCAAGCCAGGUCUGUAGAGAGAAAAUGAACUGGAAAAUAAAGUAAUUCUGGGGUGAGUUUGAUCUGCACUUUAAGUCUCAGAACCACGUGACAUGUAGUAAUUAAAAAUAUACCCUCAGUUGCAUAUUAGGCCUUCCUUUGCGGACCUGGCCUAUUUAUUUAGCACUGUCUCAAAUUAAUAGCUAAAUGACUGAGCCUCAAAUUUGCUGAGCCCAUGUAUUAUUGGCAUACAUUUGGCAAAGAAAGUAAAUGAGAAGGCAAGCAAAUGGGUGAUUGGGGGAAGCUUGCUGAAGCUCAGUAUCUCAAAGUGAGUUGUGGACUCACAUUUAAUGCUGUAAAGAACCAGUCCAUUCUUACCCAUGAAUUUUAUUGCUUUCUGGAACCUCUAGCCCAGAACCACCCCUGAUUCGCCAACUUCUCCUCUUUAAAUAUUAUAGUUCAUUGUGAUGUUUUUUUUCCUGGAUCUGCUUUAUCAUGUGACAUCCUUUUGCCUGGGAGGGCAGGUUUUCUCCUUAUCUCUUCCAUCCAUGUCUGUUCUUAGCUAAGAGUUCCAGCCUCAAUAAGACUGGAUUACUCUUUGGACAGAAGGGCAGACAACCUCAAGGUCAGCGGCAACACAAGUUGGGCCUAGUAGUCAGAUUACAAGUGAGUGUGGCUAUUCACGAGAAUAGUGUAGUGGUGGCAUUUAUCCUGCUUCCCCUCCAUAAAUAAACCUGGUAAUUUUAUUUUUAAUGUGACCAAAAAAAGUUGAUGCUUCAUUAAAUGUUUGGCCCUCAUCCAUUAUAAUAAAUCUCAUACUGGAGGUGGAAUCUCUCUCCUUGUUUCUUUAAUUGAAAGUACUAAUGAAUUGAGGCCUGGCAGAUGAUGACUUUAGAGGUCUUUUUUUUUUUAUUGUACUUUAGGUUCUGGGGUACAUGUGCAGAUCAUGCAGGAUUGUUGCAUAGGUACAUACAUGGCAAGGUGGUUUGCUGCUUUCAUUCCCCCAUCACCUAUGUCUGGUAUUUCUCCCCUCCUUAUCCCUCCCCACCCUCCCCACCCCCAGCUGUCCCUCCCCUAGCCCCCCCGACAACUGACCACAGUGAGGUUUUUGUUGUUUUUUGAGACAGGGUCUCGCUCUGUUGCCAGGUGCCAGGCUGGAGUGCAGUGGCACGAUCUCGGCUCACUGUAACCUCCGCCUCCCCAAUUCAAGCAAUUCUCCUUCCUCAGCCUCCCGAGUAGCUGGGACUACAGGCGCAAGCCACCAUGCCCAGCUAACUUUUGUAUUUUUAGUAGAGACGGGGUUUCACCAUGUUGGCCAGGAUGGUCUCGAUCUCUUGACCUCGUGAUCCCACUGCCUCGGACUCCCAAAGUGCUGGGAUUACAGGCGUGAGCCAUCGUGCCUGGCCGAGUUUCUUUUUAAAUUUGUUUUUCUUUCUUAAAACAUUGAACCUUGUCAUUUUUAUCUACACUCUUCCACAAAUGGCAAAGUCACUUAUCUGCAGAAUUCCCUGUAUCUUCUUUUGCCUUUGUGUACCUGUUAAUUACCCGCUCUGAACUGAAUUUGAAAAAAUUACUUAAAAUAACCACAUCACCCGUAUUUUUGUUUUUGGGGGGAUUGGUGAGUAAUGUGGAUUAAAAGAACAGACUAUCCUCUCUUUUUUGUCUUUCUCCUCCCUGUCCAAUACUGAGGAAGGAGAGGGAGAAGGGGGUAAAGAUGCAUGAGGCUUAACUAUCCAGGGUUAUGAAAACAGUUUGCAAGGACUUCCUGUUUGCUUCCCUUUUGGUUUUUCUUAGUUCCUGUAGGAAAUAGUUUACCCCUCUGUGUGUGUGUGUGUGUGUGUGUGUGUGUGUGUGUGUGUGUGUAAGUAGUUGAGCAAAAGAGAAUGAGACUGACUUAAGGAGAGUCGAUAUCUCAUAUGAAGCAAAAGCUGACAUUUAGCUAUUAGAUAGAUCUCAGUGAAAGGCUAUGUUCAAGCUAAGUUGAGUAAGUUUAUUAAACUUAUUUAUUAAGCUUGACUGAACUUAUUAAAACUUCUGUCAGGUUGAAGCCAUUAGUAACCAUCUGUAGAAGACAACAGCCAUGAGUUUCACAAAUACAGAAGCAGUGUGUGAUUUGAGCCACAAAUGUAAACCACAUAUGCAAUUUUCAGAUUUUCUAGUAGCUACAUCAAAAAGGUAAAAAGAAAAUGAUGAAAUUAACUUUAAUAAUAUAUUUGACUUAGCCUCAUAUAUCCAAAAUGUUAGCAUUUCAAUAUGCAAUCAAUAUAAAAACAUGAAUGAUAUAGUUUACAUUUUUGUACUGAAUCUUCAAAAUCUAGUGUGUAUUUUGUACUUACUAUAUAUCCUCAGUUGAAGUAGCCACAUUUCAAGUGUACAAAAGCUGCAUGUGAGUUAACUAUUGUAUUGGACAGUGCAGGGCCUACAUCCCAUACCUGUUUCCUAGUACUGAUAAAGUCUUCCUACCUUCUGUUGUUGUUAUGAGAGAAAAUGGAAGCAGAGCCUUCCUAUUACAUGAGUGCUGCAAUAUUUCCCGAAAUGCAGCCCAGCAGUACCAAGAGCUGCCCUGUAGGAAAAUUGAUUCUGUGAUUAAAUAUGUUAUGAAAGUUUUAUUAUUUUACCCCCUUUAUAAGAAUACAUGGUACAGUAACUUAUUAAAGAUUGAGAAAACUACCCUGGGUAAAGAAACCUGUUUGAAGUUGUUUAGUUGUUGAGUUCUGGGUCUGUAAGAAUCCUGGAAAUUGCCACAAGUGUCUCUCCAUAAGAAAACCUUUGUGUUUUCCUCUCUUUCUCCACUCCUUUUGGAGACCAUUUCUAUUUAUCUUUGUAUUCAGAAUCACCUGAGAGCAAAAAUAUCUCUUGUUCUAGAACAACCACCACCUACAUUGAAACCAACAGAUGGCUUUAAAGUCUAGCACUUGGACAUAGAUCUUCAGAAAGUACUCAAAUAUAUCCUUCCUCUUAUUCUUUCAGAAAUGGUGAACACUCUAAAAAGUUGUGGGGGCGGGGUGGGGGACAUUUGAAUGUGCAUAUGUGUAAACACCAAAUACAGUUUCUUAAGUAGAGUAAUGCAAUUCUUGCUGAUGCUUUAUUUUUAUAUUUUGUGUGUGGUGUUAAUGUACAUUCUUAAAUGUGUACUGUUCUUGUAAUAUGUAUGAAGUAGCUGUGACAUAGCAGUCAGUUUAAAAAAGAUAUAGACUAUACCUGACUACUGUCAAUCUAUAAUAAGUGAUCUUUUUGCAACUUCAUUUUAGUGGGGUCUCUGAUGUCAUUCCCAUAAGUUUCAUUUUAAAAUCUAUGCUUAAGUGGCAAUUACCAAUAUAAUUAAUUCUGCAUUGCAGACCACUGUAUUUGGAAGACAAAGGGACAUGCUCACACGGCACAGUGAAAUCUUUUCCCACUUGGUGGUGGGUGUAUGACAAUUAAUUAGGUCUGCCUUGGAAUAAAAAUCUGCUUCCUUAUUGGGCUCUGAUCUUUUCCCUGAAUUAAUUACAGUUAUAGAGGAAUACAUUUUGUAGGCAGUUUUUCUGGGAGGUAAGGAAUUGGUUCCUAGAGAUGAUCUUUUCACCAUUGGAAUUAAUAUUCUUUCAUACUGAAUUAAUAUUCUUAAGUAUUAAAAAUUUUAAAGACCGUAGGAGCAGUAGAAUACCUAUGUUCUUGAAAAUGCAAAAUGUAACAUGAGUUACACAUAGACUCUCUAGUAGUAGAAAUGGAAUAUUCUAAGUGCAAAAGUUUCGCUUUAGAAUCUGAUAAGGAAGAACAGCCUAAUCUUUAAAAAGAUACAUCUUUCUCAACUUUGAACAUCUGGGGGAACUCUUCUUGGAAGUCCGAAUUUUAGUAUCUUGAAUUUAAUGGCUCUAAAUUAGCAAACACUAAAAAAUAGAUUUUGUAGAAUCAAAUUAUCAGGGGGAACACUUUGCAAAGUCCUGUACUUGGGAAUAUAUACUGGGUCAAGCACCACAUGUUAGUUUUGAAAUCUGUAUUUCCCAGUGAAUAGAAUUCACUCACCAAAAAGCUUUUUUGGCACAAUUCACAAUACUUACAGAAAUAUAAUUGUAUCAUUGAAGAAAACAAAGCUCACCUUCCUAAUGAUACAUUUCACAAACAGCACAUUAGGGUAAUUUCUUAAUUACGAGGAGGUAUAAAGAAAUACUCUGUCAAUAUAGUAUAACUGCUUAUUUCUAAUUGUAUCUAGGAAUGAAUAACUACCAUUUAAAGCGCUAUUGAAUUUUGAGGAACUGAUCAAAGAAUUACUGUUAUUAAUAAAAUUGUACUAUUUGCAAUAUAUUUGCCUUGGCACAAAUGCAGAGUUAAAAACAUAAAAAUAUAUUUUAAAAUAUACCAAAUAAUAGAGAUUUGUUAUUACUACUUUAAAAUCUUACAAAUUUCCAUUAGCACUAAAUUCAACACCAGUUAUCUGUUAUAUACAAGUAAAAUUUUGAAAGACUUGUACACAAAAUGAAAGGCUUUUUAAAAUUGUCUUUUUGCCAGAACAGGUUAUAUGACCUCUUGGUAAUUGUUAUAUUUCCUUAGAGGCACUUUGAGGCUCUUUCAAAGACAUCUGCAGCAAUUAGGUCUAAAUUUAGAGUAGAAUAUUCUGCCAGAUAUUUUACUAUAUCACAAAAUGUCAUGCUACUGUAUUUUAUAAUAAAACCAAAUUCUCAAGUAUUCUGGGAUGUUACAUAUUAUACCAAAACAUCUCUUUCUAUAAAUCUAUUAUAGUGUACAUAAUAUUUUUUAAAAUAAUGUGUAUUUUGGUCCUAGUGAAAAAAUAUAAUGCAAUACAUUAAUCUUUAGUCAAAACACAUUGAGGUGUCUCACAGGGAAACUAGUAACCAUAAACUAUAAGGUAUAUAUUAUUCUCAAGGGCAAAAUGACAAAUGAUAAUACAGAAAGAGAUGAUCACUGGAGCAAUUUAGCUGGUGUGCAGACUGAGUGAGCAAGUUGGCUGGUGCGCAGACUAAGAAGGAUCAACGUGCAAAUGCUCAUCAGAAUAUAGCUUUUGUUAUUGGUUGUUCCUGGAGGGGUUAGUACUAGGCAGCUGAUAUUGCUUCCCUUUCAUGUGGGGUGUUUGCUCACGGCCCACUGCAUGGUAUAGUGAAAUCUCUUUAUAAGCAAGAUAGAGUCUGAAGGUUAGAGAUGCAUCUUAUGGUUUUAAAAACUGCUGUUACAAUGUUCUAAACACUGUGAUCUUUCCAAAUGUGUUUUCUGUAUUCGUUUUAUACUGUAGAAAAUAAUUCGCUAUAAACUGGACUUUAUAGUGUUUAAAGCAAUGUUAUUUAUUGGCUUAUUGCCCCCCUUAUAAUACAUUUAUGUACAGUAUACUUAAUGUAAAACCUGUGAUAAUCCUUUGCCUUAAAAUAAAAUCCAAUGCUAAAUA